AUUGGUUGCUAGGUGGGGUGCACGUGAACACGAGGUGAUGGUGCGACACCAUCCCCAUCUCAUGCUAUCAGGUAGAGAGUAGCAUUCUCUGAUUGAAACAGUGCGCGGUGAACACAGGCUGCAAAUUUCGUCUGCGACACUCAGCUGUGGAAUCCAAUAGCUAUAAAUUUAUAAUCGUUUGCUUGCUGUAUCAGUUGCAUAUAUCAAGGAAUACGAACGCCAUGGCAAUUACCACAGUCUCUAAUCAGUAUCCUUGAAAUGGUCGAAGACCUUCGUCCUUGGUUUCAAUUGAACCGACAUUCAGCCGAAGAAUCGUAAUCAUGCCAAUUGAUUUGGAGAUGAUUCUGUCUGCCAGUCCUCCCAUUUUCAACACACCGUCUUUUAUGGAUUUUGGUUACGGUCACUUCAGAGAUCUUCACAAUAACAAUAGACACAACAACACCCUCAACUCUGCUUUCGACAAUUUAGGGGACCUCGGGUCCUGUUUGAUGGAAAAGUCCAAUUUUGACAAUGGCAGAGAGGGGAAGAAACGUGUUUGGUUUGCAGACGACAAAGGACUGGCUCUCACACAAGUUAAGAUUAUGUCAGAACCUUCAAACUGUCCUCCCAAAUGGACAGACGAGUUCUUGGCACAAGUUAUCAAGGGUGUGAAACCAAAUCCCACUUCUGACAUCCAGUGGACAGUUCAAUUUGCUCAGCCAGCAUCUGAUUAUCUGGCGUUCAGAGAUAAGAUUCAGAAAAACAAUGUCUCCCUGGAAAAUGUCAUUGUCAGAGAAGGUGAUGACACUAUCACAGGGACCAUCAAGGUCAGGAACAUCGCAUUCGAUAAAGAAGUCUUCGUGAGGGUCACUUUCGACAAAUGGUGCAGUAGUCAAGAUAUAGCUGCUUCCUACGCCCCAAGUGGUAUACAGUCCGGCAACUCACAGUACGAUACCUUCUCUUUCACAUUGUGCAUACCAUCAUCUGCAGCUAAAUUUGAAACAGUUGAGUUCUGCGUGUGUUUCAAGUGUAAUGGACAAGAGUACUGGGACAAUAACGAUGGUGAAAACUAUAAACUUGCUGCAGUAAGCACCAAAGAUUCACCUUCGCCCACUCCUUACACGAAGAAAGUCACUGAUGCUCUGCAAGUGAAUAUCAACUCGUGGUCAGAGUUCGCGAGCUGGAACCACUUGAUCACUGAAGGACCUUAUUGGUAACCGAAUAUUAAGAUCUCGGACUGCUAUUCAUUUACCUACAAACCUUGCCAAGUUAUAUUUAUGCAUUCCAUUUGCGGGCAAAUGAUAUGUUUGUAUAAAAUGCCAAAAUAAUCAGUUGUCAUAUCAGCACCUGUAGGAGAGCAUAAAUGUGAAGUUAAAUCGUCCAUUUUAUACAUCUUCUUGCCGCCAAACGAGGCGUCAGUUCAUCAUCUGUUCAAAUUCUUCCAAGUUUUCUUACUCGGAUGGUUGAACUAUGGUAGGAAAACUACUUUUUGAAAAGCUGUUCUCAUGAUGGAAAAGGAAACACCAAUUUUUCAUCUUUGCACUCGUAAUUUCAGGAUAAAAUGUCAAAAAUCCAGCUGUUUGCAUUUUCAUGUUUUGGCUGGCUGAGAAUGAAGGUUGAUGUCUGUCUGGUAUCAGGCUAACAAUUAAAGGAACCAGUUUUUUUUGCCAAUGCAUAUUUUUUUUUUUUUUUAGAAGAGAAAAAAAACUUUUUUCAUUGCAUCUAAAUCUUUCUCCAGAAACAAGAUCUAUGCAUCUUACGAACUCCCCAAAAGUACGAAAGAAAUGACGGAGGCUGUGAAUAUGUUCUUCUUGUAUUCUUUCAUUGUUGAUGUUUUCUGUUUCAAAUCAGUUUUUUCUUGUGACAUUUUUUAUCGUUUACAGAUUAUAGAAAAGCCAUUUGAAAUAUUUUGAAAUAUUCUAUAUUAUCACAUAUGCAAUGCAAGCAGUUCCAAGACUUGAAACUCUUGGAAAACUUUAAGAUGUUUUAAUCUCUUUUAUCUUUCAUAAAACAGCGCCUGGUUUGAAGAUGCUGAGGUGUGAUGGAAAAAGGCUGUUCAUUCGUUUGAAUUUGAAUUUUUUUUAAGUGCUUGGGCUUCUGUUUUGAUGUUUGUUUUAAAAUAUACCCCCUUUUCUUAUAGAUUAAAAAAAUUUUUUUUAAAGGGAACUUUUUAGGAGAAUUUAGUAGUAAUUAAUAUCCAUGUGUUGUUACGAACCUGGAGUGAUAACUUAAUGCUUCCGAAAAUAUAUUCUGAAGCGUUUCUUAUGAAGAUUGCAUGCGCAUAAAGAUUAAUAGAAAUAAUCAUGUUUUAACUUCCAAAAUAUUUCAAUAUUUAAUACUAGCAAGUUCCAUUUAUUAUAAUAUAAUAAUUCAUGCUGUGUAUAUACAAUUGUUCAAAUGUUGAUUUUUUAAUUCCUAUUUAUUAUAUUCAUAUCCCUGUAAACAAAAGCAUCUUAUGUUUUUAAAACAAAUAAUUUUAUUUAAAAAUUUGUUUAAGAAUAUUUAUGAAGUUCGUUAUGGAAUAAAUUGUUGGCUCUAAAAUUGAAGGAAACAUCUAUGGAAACUUGUAUUUUGUGCAAAGUUUGUAAAAAAAAAUUAUAGGAUGAAGUUUAUUUCGUUUACUUUUUUGUUUUUAGUGGUACUGAAUUGUGAAUUGAUAUCUCUAAACCUGGCUGAAUCUAAAACAAUUUUCUUAAAUACUCAUUCAGUGUUUUUAUUAAUAUAAAGAGAAGCUUCUAGAAAUUCUAAAAGAAUAAAAUUAUUCUUUGUAAAAUAAAUGUGAUAAAUUUUUGCAGUGAUAUUUGAAAAAUUAAAAAGUGCAAUGAUAAAUGAGCAAAGUUUUUAUCGCGCAUUUUUAAAUAUUUUUUAUUUUUUUAAAAUACAAGAAUCGAAACUUAAUUUUUCUUGUAAUACAAAUAGUUUUAUGGCCGGAAUUUAUAAAAAUUUAUAAAGGAAUUGUUUUAUGAUUUUUUCUCCCUUUUAACUUAAUUUUCAAAAGCAGCUAUAAGCUGAAAAAAAUGAUUCUAUUUGAAGCUCAUAGCAUGAAUAAUUAUCAUUAGAUUGAUUAUUCUUCUUAUUUUUUCUCACAAUAAUAGUUGAUAUGUUUGAAAACCAUUAUUGUAAGGAAGAGUGGAGGCCCAUCUAAAUUUUGCCAAAAAACAAUAGAUCCUGAAUUGUUAAUUCGGUUUAUUUAAUUUUUCAAGAAAUAUCUAUAUAUUAUACAGAAAAAAUUAGCUGUAACAAGUCUGUAAAUCUGGGAAGUAAUUUUUUUGUAUAAUAUUUUCGGUGAUGAAGCAACACUUGUUUUUUUAAAGUAUUUAAUUAUAAAUUAUAUAGUUUUUAUAGUCUCAGGAUCAUUCUGAAUUUUUUAAACAAAGGUUGAUUGAUAAGAGAAUCAAUAUUUCCGGAAGUAGUGAGCAAUUUUACGUACAUUUCACGUAUAAGAUAGAAUGUUAUGUUAAUUUUGUGGGAAGUUAUAUCUACUUUAGAUAGAAUCGGUUUGGUAUUCUGAGAAGCAUGGAAUAAAAUUAGGAGGAAAUUUACGCGUAAAACAAGACACCCCCCCCCCCCAAGUGCUCAUUAGAUAUUUGGUUUCAAGCAGAUUCAGUGAUUGCUUUUGAAUUUUGAUGUCUAUUGUACUUUUGAAAAGCUGUCAGCUUUGAUUUGAGUGAUUAAAAUAUGAAUGAAUAUGCAUGCAAAUUGUGAUUGUCAAAAUAAAAUCUAAACAGCCAUUUAAUGUGUUUGAUUAACUAUUCGGUGAUUAUUUGUAUAUGCACCUCAUUAUUUAUACCACUGUUAGCGUUUUGCCAUUCUUAUUUACAUUGGUAACACGCAAUUGAAAAGACUGGUAUAAGUGCCGAUAAGUUUUCCAUCAGUAUAAUAAAUGCAUGAUCAUUUUUAGUUUUGGACUAUCGAUAAUAUGUGUUCAAACGUGCUUAUACAAUUAGAACAUCUGUAUCAAAUAUCCACUUUCAUUAACAUAUGAAAUGUAAUAUAAGAAUUAAUGAAAUGAAAUAAUUGUUUGCAAACACAGUACUAUAAUGAGCUAAUAAAUGAUUUAUUUGCCUCUUAUCAUUAUAAUACUGUGUUAAAAAGUAUUGACGGAUUUUAAUUCAAGCACAUCUGCUUUUUGGAAAUAAAUGCAUUACAGACCGAUCGAUUUUGUUUCAGGGCGUUGGUUAUUUUUAAAGAAUUUGGCUGGAAAAAGAUGAAACUUUUCCUGUUAAUGAGGUCACGAACAUUGGUUUGAAAUAAGAAACUCUUAAUUAUGUUCAAGAAAUAUUAAUAAUAAUAAUGCUUUCAAACUUUUAAGAGGUAUUUAUACCAAAUGAAAAGAAAAAUUCCUUUAUUUUUAGUCAAAAAUUCACCAUCCCGGGGGGGGGGACCUAUAAAAGAGAGUAAAUUGUUUCAUAACCAGAAACAUGGGGUAAUUUAUUUGUUCGCGAAUGGACUGCAAAAGAAUUCUCAUGUUUUUGGUUAUUAAUUUUUGUAAGGUUCAGCGCAUGCAUAAACUCAUAACUUUAAUUGGCAUGGCUUAGAUUUUUAAGCUAGUAAUGCGAGCCAGUGAGUAUCGCAUAACAGUUUUCAUAAUUGAUAAUUAGUAAUCAAUAAGUUGAGAAAAAUUCACCGAGAAGGCAUCGGAACAGUUUUUCUCAUCUUCCUGAGCAGCUUUUUGUCAUUUUUUCUUCUUUUUUAAAAAAUUUAAACAAGCCAUCGUAUAGUUUAAACCGAAACCGAAGUCUGAUAAAUAAAAGAUUUGCUGGAAUUCAUAACUUUAUGAUGGUAGAAAAAUAUUCUGAAGAGUGUGAAUUGUGUAUGUGCAUAUCAUUUGUAAAUAAAUAUCAUCCCACGAACUGGUAAUAAUACAAAAGAGCUUCUCAUUUGAGUUUCAUUUGGUGACCAGCAGCUCUCUGAGUUGAAGUGAGUAGUGGAAUUUAUAUUCAAAUGUUUGAGUUAUGUGUUGAUAAAAUUGACUCGAAAUAUUUGUUGACAUUUUAAAUUUUGUUGUAUAUAAAAAAAGUAUAUUUAACUUGUUGAAUUGGUUUGUUGCAUAUAUAUUUACAUACCAACAGUAUUUGUAGAUAAGUCAUUUUAAGAAUGGAUAUGUUCCUUGGUUGAUAAUUCAUUUUCAGAAUUAUAGUUGUAUCAUUUUUGAGACUGAGGUCAUUGUUUAUAUAUCAUGUACUGUGAUUGUGCUGCUGUUGGCGAAUUUUGAGAAUUUGCCGAAUGCUUCGAACUAGCUACAACUUGACUGUGUGCCAUACUAUUAGCAGUCGAGUUUACUUGUAGAAUAUUCAUAUGAUUUCCUUCUCAAUACAAUAAAAGUAUUUUAUAUAAAUA